GUUCACUCGCCUUGUCAUGUUCGUGAAUAACGAACAGAGCCUAAAUAACACCAUCUUCAUUCGCUGGAGCGGCUGGGGAAUGGCAGCAUCACCUAAACAUCGUCACCAGCGCAAACUAGUUAUAGAAGCGGCUGGUUGACUUUGGACCAUGACCAACGCACCAAGAAUCGUGCAGAGCGUCAUGAUGCCGCGCAGCAGCCUCUACGUCUAUCUAUGUGCGCUCCUCUACAAGUCACUUGAGCUCAGAUUUCAGGGUGGCUUCAAUGUGACUUUGAUGAGUUUCCACGAGAAGUCAUUUUGGGCUCCACCUUCAAGUGGUCGAGCUGAUCGAAGAGGUAACUACUACGACCGAAGACCAUUCACUGCGGGCAGGCGUCGGUAGGCGAGCGGGUCGAAGUGGCAGUCUGUGCUAAAAAUAACUCGCAGAAUGAUCUCGCACCUCCGCCACAAUUUUUUCCGGCGACGUGUGUUGCUGGUACGGAGUCGCCAUCAACUCACUCACAUAGAACAGCGCAUGCAAGGCUAACAUUGAGAAUGCACAAGGACUGAGCAGAUUUGCGUAGGAAAGUAACAUCUCAGGAGCGACUUCGAAGAACUUCGGCCUCCUCGUCCCCCAGGCUCUUUACGCCAGCUGGCAGAAAGUGACUAACAGGCUGACAGCUCGACAGCUUUUCAUGACGUCUUGCCGUCUAACGCCCGUUCCUGGUUGUCGAUCCCGCACCCUCUCCCCGACACUGUUCCUGGAUUUGCUCCACCCUCGAGUCGGGUUCUGCGCAAAACUGCUUGUUCCAGCGUCUCCUCGUGCCCCUUCCCCAUCAACCCUUCACGCCGCCAGCGCUCAAACUUGGUCAAACCACCUCGGCAGCCCCGCGCGCAUCCAUAUGCUCGCCCACGCUCAUUCCGAAUCGUGUCAGAUUCAUACAGGUUUUGUCACGCUGGCAAGCGCUGAUUGCUACGGACCAUGGAACUCGGGCACGUCUGCGGGUACACACAGGCGUCACUGGCCGGCGUAGGGGACUUUGACCUCGCUCUCAUGCGCGCGUCGAGCACUCAUCCGGAAAACGUAUAAAUAGCAGCUCUCCAGAGCCUCAACGUCUCAUCAACCGGUCUCACAUCCAUCUCUCAACCACCGCUUCUUCACUCAUAUCACCAAUGGCCAAAUACGCUGCUUUCGCUGUCGCUGCUGCCGCUGCCGUUGCCAACGCGCAGUCGCUCAACGUCGUGAACAAGUGCUCUGACAGCGUCACGCUCUUCACCCAGACCUCGUUCGGUACGAUCGACAACAACGUCAACGUCGCUGCUGGCGCCACCACCGACAUGAACAUCUCCAACAACUGGGACGGUGCCAUCAACGUCGGCACUAGCUCGACCGGUGGCCCGACAUGGGACGGCACCACGCCGUUCUCGCGUGCUGAGUUCAACUUCUACGCCGUCCCCGGCUCGGUCACCUACGACAUCUCCCUGAUCUACGGCUACAACGUCGGUAUGGAGAUCUCCUCCUCUGACUCUGGCUGCUCCGCCUUCGCCUGCACUCUCCCCUCAGGCUGCCCCGUCCCCGGCCCUGACGGCUCGUGCUACUCCCCCUGCUGCUCGUCCGUCUCCGCCUGCUCGGGCGGCGCGCUCCCCGCGGGCGGCGGAGGCUGCACGAGCAACGCCGGUCCCGGCCCGAACUCGCCGUUCUACUACAACAGCUGCUACAACGCGUACGCGUUCCCCGACAACGACGGUGCCGCCGGCUACACCCCCGCCGACAACGUCGACUUCACGUGCGGCAACACUGACAUUACGCUCACGCUCUGCCCCGGCACUACCUCCAACAUCCCCAAGUAAACGGGUCGCCUGGCGGAUCGGGAGUGGAUUUGGACUGAGCGCCGGCAGUGUGCUGGGUCCCAGGAUGCGGUGGGAGAAGUGAUUGGGAUGGAUAUAAGUUAUUGUAAAUAUGGAAACUUCGCACUGGUUGUGUACUUUCUUUGGUGUCAGUUGUUUAUACGUUUGGU